UUGAACAAAAUGCAGUCGGAGAUAAUUUGAUAUACUUGUCAAUUCGGAAUUUUAUUGAAAAAGACAUGCACAUAUAUUAAGACUCUAAUCAAUUUUAGUGAAAUAACUGGCUUAAAAGUGAAAUGUGAAUUUUACGCAAUGUAGGGCACAAGUUGCAUCUAAUUAAAAAGAGGUUACUGGUUGUGUUACAUACUGUAGCGUCCUGUUAUAUAUUGAGGAGAUUAACAAAAUGGGGAAACAAAAUAGCAAACUGAAGCCUGAAGUAUUGGAAGAUCUGAAGCAAAACACUGAAUUCUCAGAUGCAGAGAUACAAGAAUGGUACAAAGGAUUUUUAAAAGAUUGCCCCAGUGGACAUUUGUCUGUAGAAGAAUUUAAGAAAAUUUAUGGAAAUUUCUUCCCUUACGGUGAUGCCAGUAAGUUUGCAGAGCACGUAUUUCGAACUUUCGACGCGAACGGCGAUGGGACGAUAGACUUCCGGGAGUUCCUGUGUGCGCUGAGCGUAACGUCCCGCGGGAAACUCGAGCAGAAACUUAAAUGGGCCUUCUCCAUGUACGACCUCGACGGAAACGGUUACAUCUCGCGGCAGGAGAUGCUCGAAAUUGUCACCGCUAUAUACAAAAUGGUCGGAUCCGUAAUGAAAAUGCCAGAGGACGAGUCUACGCCCGAGAAGAGGACCGACAAAAUAUUCCGUCAGAUGGACAGAAACAAGGACGGGAAACUGUCCCUCGAGGAGUUCAUAGAGGGCGCCAAGAGCGACCCCUCUAUCGUCCGACUGCUGCAGUGUGACCCGCAGUCUCAGUGAUACCCCAAAUAUUAAAUAACCGGGGCGUCAACGACACUGCUCUAUCCACACCUUAUGUAAUCCUAUUGUAAUAUAAUAAUAUCAUCCCUAUUACCAUGCUUGUAAGAGCUAGUGCGCGAAAUGAAGCGUUAAUACACGUGAAGUAUCGAUUCGAGUAGUCCUGCUGUUUGGCUGUGAUGCUGUCAUUUUAACAGUUAAUUAUUAAUUAAAUCAAUGACUAGCUCUAUCGUCUAAGUCACACACAUCUGUUAGGAAGUCAUUGGAACAAUUGUUCAAUCCAAAGUACACACCCUCGUUUUAUAUGUAAAACGUACGGUGACUCCAUUUUCAUUCUAAACGUCUCUUUCCGAUGGUAUUGUAAAAUAUCUGCAGUUCUAUCGUUUACGCUUUUAUGAUGUUUUUUAUAAAAUUAUUGAUGUUUUAUAUAAAAUUAAUUAAUAUGGAAUUAUAGCAAUAAAAUCUGCGCUUUUAAAAGUAUAUCGGUUUAACAAAAUAGGUUAAUGUAACUGUGAAAUUGUUUUCGUAACUUUUGUAGUGUAUUAUUAUGUCUAUACGUGAGAGUACAAAGGUAGUCAAUUAUUACCCAUUUAUAUACAUUAUUGCGGACGUUUCACGUGAAACAUAUUAAUAUGAGUGAAAGAACCUGAGGUUUGUUCUUUAGCAUUUGGAUUUUUAAAUUCCAAAUAUGUUUUACCAUGAUAUAUAACGUUUCGUGGUCCGUAGCCGUUAUUAUUGGCGACAUAGAAUGAUGGACGUUUAAAAUGAACUGUAACUUUGAUGACAUUAAUUUGACAUGUGCACAGAGCACAGUCAACCGCAGAGUAAGUUUCAAAUGAUAAUUUGAAAAUACGUUCUAGUGAAUAUGAUUUAAGGUUGAAAUUUGAUAAGUUGACGGUCCCUGACUGUGAAUUGGUAAAAGCCAAAUACCAGGAUUACUGACAUGACUAUAACGUGUACAAUAUGUUACGAUUUUCCCAUAUUUAUAAUUAAGCUACAAUUGUUUUUGUCCUCAUACUUUAGUUGUGACAUCUUUUCUACCCACAGAGGUUAUCUUUUAUCCACCAAAUUGCAUGUACUUUAUACAUUAGCAGAGUUAUACCUGCGCACACUCUGUUCAAAAUUACAAAAAAACUUAUAGUAAUUGUGGGUGUUAUUAUUUUUGGAAUCGUUCAUUCUUAAUAUAUUACAGCUUAUUUCAAGACUUCUCAGUACAAGUUAUUAUACAUUUGAAAUUAUUCGUUUCCUUCCAAUAUAUGCCCAAUCUUAACUAACUCAGUAAGCGAUCCGAUAGAAAAGUUGACUCCAGUUAAUGUGCUCCCAUCCCAUCCAUUGAUUUAUAGUAUGUUCUCCUCAAUUAGAAGGAGAGUGCGUAUAUGUGCAGUGCCAUGUUAUGUUGUUUAUAUUUCUAAUUCGG